AUGUCCUCGUGGUUGUACCUAGCUGUUAUGGCCUGUGCUUGCUUCGGCGCUAAAGCCGGUGACAAACCUUUAGUUACUAAGAAGGUAUUUUUUGAUAUUACAAUCGGUGGCGAGAAAGCUGGCAGAAUUGAGAUCGGAUUAUUUGGAAAGGAAGUGCCAAAGACUGCUGACAAUUUUUACCAACUUUCAACUCACGAGGUGAGUGAGCUUGCAAUAUCAGCAGGAUAAUUUAUAAUGUAGCGUGGUAAUCAUGUAAGUAGUCAUCCCUCAUGUUACCUUUAAUCUGAGGUAUACAGUUAUAUUUCUUAUGCCACGUUUAAACAACUGGUUUAAAGUUUAAAGCAAAAUAAUUUAGACGAGCAGAAUUGAAACAAGCCAUGGUAAUCAGCUGUUAUAAACCAGGCCUUUGUUGGCCUUGCUUUAUUCAAUUCCACGUGUACUAAUUCAUUCUGCUAAUUGUUCUUGCACUUGUACAAAAUUUGUCCUAUUAAUUUAUGAGAUAUAUAAGUUAUGUACUCCAUUAUGCGGAAUAUUUUUUUUACAAAGUCUAUAAGGCGUAAAUAAUAUAAAUUUAUCAUUUGACACAUUAUUUGUUAUUUUAACCCUUUAAUAGCGUAAAUGAUAACGUGUUGAUUUUUCUAUAAAAUCAGAUAUCAUCAAGAAUCUUACUCCCCCCCCCGCCACCACCUUAAAAGCUCCAACAUCAUGCCUUCUGCACCACACUCCACACCCUAACCACCUGAAUAGGCAACAAUUUAUCUUCAUCUUUUUCAAAUUGAUCAUUGUACAGUUGAAGUCUUUUUGUGUUCUUGCCAUCAGCUUUAAAGGCACUUACAUGACAGUGGCCAUUCUUGUGUCUCUAUGUAUGUACCGCGCAUUAAGCCACAAUCCUAUUGGCCAGCAUGAUGGAACUAUUUAUCUCUGGAGUUGGGCAGAAGAAUAGACCUUUUCUGAGUUCCAAAAACUCUCACUUUCAAAACAAGGUUAAGUGCAAAGCCUUUCUUGUGAAAAUGAGUUAAGCAUGACAGAAGAAAAUCUUUUUCAUUUCAAUGGUUUAAUCCUACUUAGGGAUGCACCAUUAGAAAUGUGAAGGGGGGGGGGAGUCCAAAAACAAAAAAAAAAAUCCUGCAAAACAAAAUUUUAAGAAAAAAAAAUCCUGCAUUGCAACGAAACCAGAAAAAAAUAUCCUGCUUGGAUAACCAAUGUGACUGCGACAAUAUAUUACACAGUCUGAAAAAUAAAUCUGUGAUCUGUAACAGGAAAUCCCCUUCCCCCAACUUCCUAAAUUCAUGUCAAACUACAUUUCAGGCAGAAAAAACAAUUUCUACUGGCUAAAUAGAGAUUUCAAUUUGAACCAACUCUGAUGCCCUUGAUCUCUAUAGCUGCCAUAGUAUUAAAUUAAGAGACUGUGGUGAUAAUUGUUUAACUUUAUAAAUUAAAUAAACUUUUUUAUUGAAAUACUUUUGUUUUAAUGGGAUUAAAGUGAGAUUGUGUUAACAACGUCAAUAGUUCCACUUGCACGCAAGUUUAUGGAGUUGGUGUUGUACAAUAUGCGUUGCUACUUGAAUCCAUAAAGUUUACAGCUAUAAACAAAAGUAGAUGUCCCAAAAACACCAAUCACACUGCAGAUCCCGCUGCAUUUAAAAGUAUUAAGAAUAUUAUUUACCCAAACUAACACAAAAUAUUUUGAAUGCUUUGCAAAACCAUAAAUAGAAAUGGUGCAUUCUAAUAAAAACUUGAACCUAAACAUAUGGGCCACAGACAUAUGGUAGGAUUUAGAGGAAAUGUUCUUCAAGUUCUUCCUCUGUAUCCCAGUCCUCGCCUGAUGAAGACUGACAUGCUGGCUGCAGUUUUACUUCUUCUUUUUCUUCUUCUUCUUCUUCUUCUUCUUCUUCUUCUUCUUCCUUUUCUUUCUGUUUUUCUGUCUCUUGUCUUCCCUCAGGUUCUUUCUCUGUGUUCCAGUCCUUGCAUGAUAAGGACUGAGAUGCUUGCUUUCCUUCUUUCUGUUUCUCUGUUUCUUGUCUUCCCUCAGGUUCUUUCUCUGUGUUCCAGUCCUCGCCUGCUUGAAAUUUCUUCUUUUGUUUUUCUUUAUUUUCCUUUAGAGCAUUCUUCUUCCUCUUUCUUCGCAAUACUUUACUUUGGGUAAAACACCGUUUGAUCUGCUUGUGUAGCUGUUUCAACUGCCACUGAACUCAGUUCGGACGUUUGAGCGUAUAGAUUACUUCAUGGGCAGCGCGGGCGCACGGUAUUUACGCACGAGUUGGUUCGCAUCAGAAAUUGAGCGAGCAAGGCUUUGCGAGUGAGAUCAGAAAGCGAGAGAGAUUUAUCUGACAUACAAUGCGAAAAAAGUCCAUGUCUAACACUGCACGUGUUUAGGUGUCCUAUUACAUUAUGUACUAAACAUCUGUGACUGGACGAAACGCGCUUUUUUUCACGUGUGUGAAAAGUCGUUUCGCCAUUCUGAUUGGCUGCGAACCCUGAACAGGGUUUUCACACGCCAAAUUUCAAUAGAAAAUCUCAAUUAGUAUGAAAAAAAUAUACUUAAAACAAACGUGUUCUGUUGGAACACUACAACAAAAAACAUUUCUUGUGGUUGAAACAGUCUAGUAAAACAAGACCAAAAGAGGGCAUAGUCAUUUUGGAAAAAAAAAAUCGUGCAAGGGUUUGAAGGUUGAAAAAAAAAUCCUGCACUCCUGCUGGUUGUGAAAAAAAUAACAUGCCUUUCCAGAAAGUCCUACCCCCCCCUUCACAUUUCUAAUGGUGCAUCCCUUACUGUGUAGCUAGCCUCGGCAUGAAACAGAGGCUUGGGGCAACUCAGAUUAAUGGCCUAUUGAGUCUCUGGGGAAGAGCAUGAAUAUGGAAUGGCACUUGUUACCCUUGAAAGCCCCAUGUUUUGGCAUUGAGCUAUCAAUGCAGAGGUGACCUAUUUUUUGUUGCAUAUUUAAUGACAAUGCCGGCAAAUGAACGAAAAGUGUCUUUCUUUUUUGGAAAUGUUUUAUUCCAGAAAUUUUAAAUGAUUAAGGAUUGGUAUAUUAUCAAGGUAAAAUUGACAUACAUAAAUAAAAUUGUGAGGUCUUUUAAGGGGGAAAUGCUUUCACUUUGUCGGUGAUUUCUGAGACUACCUGUCUUCUGGUAGGUUAGGAAAAAUUGUUGUAUCUUAGCUACAUGUAGGAUGAAAAUGUCCCUGUCGGUUCAGCAUAAAUUUUUGUGUUACUCAAUUUGGAAUUACAGCAGAUAUAAUUCCUGGAAAGAAUCAAUUGUUAUCAAUGUUUUUCCCUCUUAGAGACCAUUCUUGAACAAUACCGGUACAAACAUUAUUAGAAAAGGUUCCAAGGAAAAUGCUCAAGAAUAAUAGAAGAGAAUUUGUUAUUCCGCUGUCAACUAAAACAGCCAAAAUGAAAAAGUGAACAGAUGUUGCUUUCACUACUUAAAAAGUGAACUGUCACUGUCACAAUUCUUUGCUCCUUUUAUGUCAAUGUCUGUUUUUAACUCGUGGGGAUGUGCGAAUGUACCACGGGUUAUUGCAGGGACAGAGAUAUGCAAAUGAGUCACUUGCUCACUCAUAGUAGACGGACUUCGUAAUUAAUCAGGUCCGACUCGAGAGUGCGAAGAUCUAUCAUUUCUGAAGAAGUACGCGCUCUCCGAAGUUCAGUGGGAUCAAAUUCUUUGCUGAGAGCAUGCAUCAUUCAGCGUUCGCUGUUUAGACUCAGAGUUUUCUUUGUGGCAAAUUUUCUACAGCAUGGUUAGUCGGUCUUACCAAAUUUAAGACAUGAAGGAGUCUUUCAAAUGAGUACGAUGGUUAACUUGGGGAUUGGAUUUCAAGAGCCUUUGACUCGUCCAGGCAUUAAACUUGACAAGAGUCAGAAGAGCAAAAUUUGCUCUUCUGACUCCACAAGAUCAGAGGGAAUAUCCAAAUUCCAGCUUGCUGGAAAGUGAUCAGAAAGUGAGAAAAUGUCAUGCACUGCUAUUCUUAAGAACCUGUAUGAGCCGAAAAUGGAUGUGAUUUUGACCAUUGGCUUUAAAAUAACAGCAGAAAUAGAAAUAAGAAAACAUACAGUGUAUGUUUUGCGUCCUACUUCGCAGACGAGGCGUAUCGGCUUUGUAAAGCAUGUUCUUUUAUUCAUUCAUUGCCAAUAUGAAAUGUGUUAACCGUUUACAUUGUUUUUAUACUGUCAAUAGCUCAGUUAAUGUGGCUUGAUCAUAUUAAGGGACCGUUCAUUUAUUACAUCCAAGCGCGGGCGGACUGGGGUUUUGGGGCGGGGGGUACAAUUUUCUAAUAGGCCCAAUUUUGGGGGGUCAAUUUUGAAAAUGCACAAAAUAUGAGGGGGGUCGAAAUAUUAAGACGCAGGGCUGGCCUUCUAUGUAAAAGUUGUCAAUUGUUGCUGAUUGAAGCAAAUCCACGUUUCCUUCAAAAGUAGACAAAAAAAUUUGCUUCAGCGGUUCUUUGUCAACAGCAAAAUGUUACCUGUAUAAAACUUGGCCCAGAAACCUAUAAGCAAUUUCUUACUACUAGGAAUGUAGCAUGCAUGUACGCACAUAUGCCUAUGCAUACAGCUGAAACCUGAAAACAAUAUAGAUAUUUUUUUUAUUUCGUGAAGCAUUUUUAUCUUUAAAUUGGGAUAAAUAUUUUGCAUUACCGUAUAUUGGUGUUUUUGUGUUAGGAUUUCUCUUAUCCUUUUACUGAUUAAGUGGAGUGAAAUGGAUCCGAAUCGGAAGCCACAGACCUUGGUUGAGACUUUUGACCAAGCCAACUACUAGGGGUUGCCCCCUGCAGACUCCCCCAGGUUUGGGGCGCCCUUGGUGAGCUAACUUUAGGGUGCAUUUUAAAAAUUGUUAUUGCCAAGGGGGGUGGGGGCAUACAAUUUUCAUAUGUAAUUACUUUUUUUGUGGGGGGGGGGGGUAAAGUUUUGAUACACCACAGUUUUUUCGUAUUAAUUGUACCAGAUGUAUUGUUUUUUAAGCAGGAAUUGAAGCAGCACUUCAACUUUCACUGUGAAAAUUAUUGAUUCUUUUUAUCCCCUUUAAACAGAAAGGCUUUGGAUACAAGGGAAGCAAGUUUCACCGAGUCAUUAGUGAUUUUAUGAUCCAAGGUAAUUUUAUUCACUCACAGCAACUUGAGUUUAAUAACUUUACCUGUUUGUCAAGUAGAGUUAAUGUAUGAUGUCUGAAUGAUAAAUAUUUGUUUUCUUUCAUAGGUGGUGACUUCACUAAUGGAGAUGGCACUGGCGGUAUGGAAUUUUUUACACUCUGUUUACUGGAAAUUUAGAACCUAAAGGUUUUUUUAAGCGGGCAUUUAUAUCCUGCUUACAUUCGAGGGUGUCAUCAAAAGGGCCUGAUCUGCUUACAGUAAAUACCAGCAGGCAUGGGUAUAUGGAAAAAAACCCUGAUGACAACUUAUGAUAAAGUGCCAGGUAAUCUCCUUCCAAAUUACCUUGUAUUUGCCUGAGAAAAGGAGAUUUAAAUCAUCAAAAGUCAGUUAUUCCACACUCACACCUUGAAUCAUUUCUGUACACAGACUUAAGGUUCUGCAUGCAGGCAGUGCUCAUGCAGUGGUUGUCAUGGUCACUUAUCAAAUUACUUUGGCCUUUUAAUUGUGUGAUAUGGAAUUCUCAGCUUGUGUAUAGGCAGGUAACAAAACCUGAAUUGGCCUGCAGAUCAGAUUGUCAAAACAGUGGCUCAGAUCCGAUCAAACUGAAAACAUCUGGAUUGGAUCAGAUUGCUGGCACUUAUAGAGAAUGCUUCGAAAUGAAACUAGCAUUUUCCUGAUCACUGUUUUCAUCUGAAUGAAAAGUUCAAAGUAGACCAUAGAGUUACAUUUUAAAUCAUAAUUUCUGUGUUUUGUUUUGCUUAUGUUUGAGUUAGAUCCAAGAUAGUUUGUAGUAAAAAAUCUUCGAUGUUUACUCAAGUUUGGGGUUGUAGAAGAUAAUGUCACAGUUUUUAAUGAUAAUGAAAUUCAGAAUCCAGGUAGUUAGUUAAUCAAUUGUGACCUUGAAAAAAUUUGAAGGAAAAAAAGCUACGAAUUUUUAAGAAAAUGCUUUUUUCGUGAGACGGACUCUUAAAUGCUGACAAACGUCAACAAAUAGCAAAACUAUAAUUUGUAUAUGUUUGCAUUGCUCGAAAUCGCGCACAUUUACGAGGCCCUGAAGCUUUUUGCUGACUUGCAAGGACCCAUCUGGUUAUAAAGAUCCCUAAAAUAAAGGGAUAAAUCUCAUAGUUUAUUAGAUAUAAUCAUGUAAAGUUUGCUUAUCAUUUUUGCAUAAAUUAUAUGACCUAAAUUUGGAAACUGCUGAAUUUCUCACAUUGGGUCUUUGUGAUUUUGGUGGAACUCUGGUCAAUGCAAGGCACUAAUAAGCACUAUAUGUAGCCGAGAAAUUUUCACGAAAAAAUGCUGGCAACAGCAGAAUUUCGACUCAGACCUCAAAGAGGCAUGGCACUAUAACCAUGUGAUAUUUACUCCGAUCGCCAAAAAUUUUAUGCUGUAUUGUAGAUUGAUCUAUAUGUUAUCCAUGCUAUAUGUUAGAUUUACGAUCAAAGUAAAGGUGGGUAUACCAGAGAGCUUCAAAGUAGGAUGGUACGCUCACAAAAUAACUGGGUCGAGUCACCUUAUUAAGUAGAGUAAUCCAAUGCAAUCCAGCUAUUCUUAGUCUAAUGGGAUCCAAUGGGAUGUACGUUUUUAGUACAGUCCAGUCCAAUUCCUAAAUCCAGUCAAAGGAAAGUUUUGUCAACAGCCCCUCUGAUUUUCAAGGGCUUAGAGCUUCACUGGAGCUUUUGUCUCGCUUCUGUUUCUUUGUGAGAGCAUAUGCUGUUAUGAGGUUCUAAGAUGUUGUUUUUGCUCCUUUGGAGUAAGCUACGUGCUAACGAUUUAGUACACAUAUCAAUUCAGAUUAAUUAUUGGCUCUUUUGCGGAAUAAUGAAACACAUUACCAUCUUUCUUUAUGAUAUCUACACGAAUUUAACAUUUCAAUGUGUUACUUUCAAGAGCCUUAUAAAGUAUUUUAUUUAUUUCAUGACCUUCCACCAGGUUACGUACCAUAUCCUUUAGACUCCAUGCAGUGUUCUCCUUGACCAUUAAGGGCUUAGAGUGGAAUAUUUCUUGGGUUUACUAGUGUAAGGCUUGAGCUAUCACCUCCUUGAGGGGUCUUUGUUAAAAAAAUAUUAUUGCAUAAUUACUUAAUUCUGCUUUUUAAAGGUAAGAGCAUCUAUGGUGAUAGGUUUAACGAUGAGAACUUUAAACUUUCCCACUAUGGUGCUGGUUGGCUGAGUAUGGCUAAUGCUGGAAAAGAUACAAAUGGUUCACAGUUCUUUAUCACAACUGCUCAAACAUCUUGGCUUGAUGGUAGACAUGUUGUAUUUGGGAAAGUACUAAAAGGAAUGGUAUGUAUAGCUGUGUUUGAAUAACAAGCAUAGACCACAGAGUGACACAGGGUAGAGUGCCUGCAAGCAUUCUACAAUCCUGGACAAAAGUCUUGGGACACUUCUGCAUUUCUUGGGCGUUUUCCAAUUCACGCAGGUCCAACCCCUGCCCUCACCCCAAAAACCAUGUUGGUCUCAUGUAUCCAAUUUUUUUUUUUUGAGUUUCAACUUUGUUAUGACGGAACCGAGGAAUGGGUUACCCUAGCAAGAGGGUUACCCUAACACUCGCAUAUUUCUUCUUUUUUCACACGACGUGUUUACAAGGCAGGUAGGGUUACCCUAGCGCUGGGUAACCCUACCUCAGUGCUAGGGUUACCCUAGCAAGGGGGUUACCGUACCUGCCCUGCAAACGCUCAGCUAGGGAUAACUCGCCUACCCGGGUCAACUUUCUGCCGUCAUGCGUGACCAGUAAUCGUGCCAAGUUGAACGGUAUUAUCCAAUUUUUGAGCUUAAUUUUAAACAUCUGAAAAAUAAAAAAAGUUAUUUUCUGUCUACGAUGAUAAUAUUUUCCCUUUUUUUGUGUGUGUUUUCUGUAGAGAACUUCAAGUUUUUUUCAAAUCUUGGACCAUUACAAAGAAUGUCACGCAUGACGAAAUACGUCAGCAAAGCUGGUAAAGUUUACCUGGGUGAUAGGGUACCAGAGCUAACUUGCUAAGGUAACCCUAGCACAAGUGUAACCCUCUCCCCUUGUAAACAGGCCCUUUGUCAGAAACAAAUUUCUUCGAUGUACAGAUUACCAAAUUUUGUUAUCCAUAGUGCUCCGCUGUGCCCUUCGCGAGCGCGAGAGCCCCCGCUACUACCACCACCACGCCACUGCCACUACAUGUGCUAAACUACAAAUGAUACAUAUUAUAAUAUAGUUUAUAACGUACUGAGGAUUCAUGUCAAUGCAAAUAUUUGUUAGUAGAAAUUGCCAGACUUUAAUUUUUAGCUUUUCUUUAUAUUAUCGAAGGAUAUAUACAGCAACAAUAUUUUUCUAGCGGGGGCGGAGGUCUGAAAUACUGGUCACUUUCCACAGGUCACUACGCUACAGAUAAAUAAAUAGCGCCAAAAGCUUCUACUUAACCCUAUAAUACUUUUACAAAAUUGUCUUUUAAGGUGAUGUUACACGGGGCGAUUCGCAACGACGAUUUUUAGCGCAACACAGCGUUGUAAUGUUGGAACAAUGUUGUAACCUUUUGAAACAAUGUCGCAACAAUGUUGCGCUAAAAAUCGUCGUUGCUAAUCGUCCCGUGUAACGUCACCUUUAGACCAAGGGGAUUCUGCGUGGCUUAAUAUUUAUCGAUGGAGCAGUGACGCGUACACUUGAGCUAUGGAAUGUAACCUUUAGUUUAGGGUUUUAUUUAAGGCAAUAAACCAAAACUUCCCAGUUAUAAUCUCUAUGCUCUACUGGCAAUGUUUGGGAAAUGUUCACACAUUUUUAUCUUUUGGUUAUGUUUAGGAUGUUGUCAGAAAGAUAGAAAAAACGAAAACUGACGGUCGUGAUAAACCAACCAAAGAUGUCACAAUAGAGGACUGUGGAUCUCUUCCAGUUGAUAAACCUUUCGAAGUGGAAAAAGAACCCGUCAAAGAAUAACAUUCAUGACUUGAUUUGUUUACUUCAUAUGCUAGUGUAUUUUAAAAUCCACCUUAACCUGGAUAUAACAGAUUUCUACAUAGCGUGAAAUUUUGUACUUUUCAGAAAACUGGAAUAAAACAGUUAAGGUAAUAGUAUCGUUAGUCUUUUGGUGUAGUCCAACGUUCUUUCCUUCACCUCUUUCCUACAAACGCGUCUGAAAACUCUUUUUCAAAACGCUGUAAUUCUUUCUUAAUAAUGCCUGAAGCUUUUCUUUCUGGAGCCCUCCACAAAAGAGGAAAUACACGUAAUAUACCGUAAACUUCCCCUUAUAAGCCCCCUCCCCCAACUGAUAAGCCGCCCCCAGUUAUAGGCCCACCUACCUGCUAGACUGCUUGCUGUCCGCCUUUUCUCUUAAAAUCCGUCAAGUUCUUAUCUCAUCCAGCGCGAUUGCAAACCACAACGUUAUUCUUACAGAGACGAGAUUUCUUCUCAGGCUUACGCCCUCGUUUCUCGCGGCUCGCGGCUUCGCCGCUUGCGUGCUUAGGUUUCGUAUGCAGUAACUUUGCAAAGAAAAAUAAGAGACUGCUCGCAGUCUAUCUACCUGCAAACAAAAAAUACAUCCCGUUACAAGCCCCUGGAUAAAAGCUCCCCUCAAGCUUGCAUUGAAAUGAAUUCGAUUUUUUACGGCGUCUUGACGCAGCUUAAAAAAGUGAGUCAAUUCAAAAAGUAUUUUGAUCAGCACUGCUUUGUAGCUUUUUUUGAAACGCUUUUUCAGUCCGGUUAUAACAACACCCCGGAUAUAAGUCCCCUUCAGUAUUUAUAAGCCCCCCUAAAACCCCGGUUACGAAGUUGUACAAGCCCAGGGCUUUUAACCAGAAAUUUACGUUAGAAGUUUGAAGGUGAAAGAAUGGAAAAUGCGCGUACUGGGAGUUUAGUCUUCAAGCAGUCCCCAAAAAGAUUGAAGGAUCCAAUUAAACCUACACAAUUUUGAAUCACUAUGACUCUUAUUUGGUUGUCAUGGUAAGUACAGUCUCUUUUAGAGGUCAAUUAGAGAACUUAAGCAACAGCGUUUUUGAGCGACGGUUAGCCUGCGUAGCAGGCGUCGAAAGAAGGGGUAGGGGAUAGGGAGGAAGGGAGAUAAGAGGGGGAUUUUACCCUCUUUUUUCGCUUUUCUUCCCUCCCCCCUGGUUUGGUCGACACUCUCGGGUUAACCGUCUUUAUAAGAGAAAAGAAACUUAGCAAUACAAAUUUGUUACCGUCAAGGUAUAUAAAAACGGAGAAGGACUCACUUCCGGUUGACGUGCGUCGUUAAAAAACGCCUCUGCUUAAGCUCUCUAAUACUAGGGACCUUACGAUCCGACAACGGCGACGUCCAUGAAAACGUCGCUGAAAAAUAGACUUCGCAUCUUUUUAAACGUUUUCGCGAUUAUCCCAAUUCGCCCUGUUACUUAAAAGAAGGGAAUUUUGGUUGGAGCUGAGGAGAGGGGACCGCGCCCGAGUUUAGAAAGAGAUGGUGGAAUUUAUCACCUUGCCGUUCCCGUACUCAAGUAAACUUAAGGGGCCUGUGUCACAGUAGUCCAGUUCAUUUUGUUUAAUUUUGCCAAUUACUCGCCCUCAAUCGCCGUGAAACUUAAAGUAAGCAUAGAAAUUACACUGGGAAAUGACAAAAUCAGAGAUUCGAGACAAACAAAUAUGUCUUCUGAGCAUUAUUUUUGAAGUUGCAAACAGCAGAGGUCAACUUUGAAAAACUGGUUUCAAUCCGUUUCAAUCUUCUUCAGUUUUGCCCAUCCGUGUUAUCUGUUGUAUCUGUUGUGUUAUUUUAACCUUCCUUUAAUGUUUUAAGCGGUUAUUUUUACGUUUCUCGUAAUUUAACGGGCAUUUCGUAAUUGCCUAAUUUGGUAGCCUGAAUUUCAUCCAAUUACUUUGAGUCGUUAUUACUCCCUCAGAAACGACGUUGUUGCGAGGAGAAAACGACUCGAAGCAAUCGGAUGAAUUUCAGGCUACUAAUUUGGCUGAAUUUCGUGACACAGGUCUCUCAAAAUGUGGUCAUUUCAUGUCGUUGUUGUGCAGGAACAGCAAAGAAAUGUACAAAACAAGCGUGAUGCACUUGCAGAGUUGUUGUUUUGCUCAUUAAACCUAUUGUUUUUUUGACGUUCUCCUUGCCGUCGCCUUCGAAGUUUCGUAAGGUUUCUACUACUGAGCCACGCCCAGAUUGGUCUCGUUUAGGAGCUCAAAUCUUUGGGAGUCCGCCCGGGCAAUUCAAUUUUUUUUUCUUUCCGAGUUAGAGCGUGAUAUAUUUUUUAUUUAGUUUUUGAUUUGUUCUCAACAAGAAAACUUGCACAAGAAAAACAAAAAUAAAUAAAUAAACAAAAACCUCCUCUAGUCUUUCCACCAAUAGUUUUCCCUUUUUUCCGAGGAAUUUAAUAGUUAUCAUGAUCAAUCCGUAUAAGUGGCGAGUACGCGAAAAUGAGAAUGAAACGACUGAUGACAUAGUGAGCGCCAUUUAGCGAAUGGUAAUUUGCUUUUUCUGGAAAAAGAAAAUCAGUCUCAGUUGGCUCUAAAAGAUAUCAUGAGACAGAUAAGAUGUGCUUAUAGACGUGCACAGACCGUUUAAUUUCUUUUUUCAUUUUCCUGCCCCUACCCCUUCAAUAACUCCCCUGCAGUUAAACCUGCAAUUAUAUACCACUGAUUACCCUGCGUACCAGAGACUUUUCCUGCAGCCCAAGAUGUGUCCCAUGUGUUGACCUGCGGCGGACAUCUAGGCCCCGGGAUCUAGGCAUCCCCCCGCACGCAAGGAAAAACAUUUGGUACUUAGAGCAGCGACUUCUUCCCCUUUCCUUUAAAAGAAAAAGAAAAGAAGAUCGCCAAAUCACUCUAAAUCACAGGUUACUUUCAUACGCGCGCUCGAAGAUCUCUACAGAAGAUCUCUAAAAUAUUAAGUUUAGCAGGGCAUUUGAAGACUGUGAGUGUUGCGUUACACCAGGCUGGUCAGAUGAAACAAUCCUUCAUUGAUAACACAGAGGGGUUAUUCAUUCCAGAUAUGUGUACGUGGCAGCGAAUAUGAGACCUACGUAUUCACUUCUGCACCAUCACUCUGGUUUUCGAAAAGCUUGCUAACUUGACGAUCAGUGUCUGGCUUUCAAAAUGGUUCUUCUCCUUCUUGCCACCAUCUGCUACAUGAAUGCUCUUUUCGUGCCGUUUGUUGUUAGCGCUGAUUCCGAUACACUGGUCACAAACAAGGUAUAUCUUGACAUCAGCAUUGGCGAGCAAGAAAAAGGAAGAAUUGUUAUUGGGUUGUUUGGAAAAACAGUUCCUCGAACCGUAGAAAACUUCAAGGCCCUUGCUUCCCACGAGGUACGGUUACUCCUUAAACACAUAAUAGCCGAUAGCCGGCGAAUAUAAUCGCCUCUCAAGUUGCUUCUCGUCGCUGGGACGUUCUUGCCACGAGUUGCGAUCGCUGAGAGGCCGCUGCAUUCGUAGGUUAGGGAGCUAAACGAUCGAUGAGGUUAAAAUCUUCUCAAAAUCAUUCAAAAAGUGUGUGAAAUAUCCGGACUUUUGUCUUUUGUAGAAUUGAAAAGAGAAGUGAGGAUGAUUUUACGAACAGUCUUGAUUUUUCGACCUAGCUCUCCUCUGUAUCUAAUCCCGGGGGCGGUACUCCCAUGCAUUACCUAUACGGGUAUGUGCCGCCCAACGGGGUCUAGCCUGUUCCAGGCUCCGAGAUAGUGGUGGAAAGUCGUUCAGUAAUAAGAAAGGCGAAGAACGCGCGGGGGCUGGGCCCCCUUUUCCAAGUCGUGCGCGUCUUAUUUUCGCUUUGCUCGUUUUAAUACGUUUCCACUAUACUAUCUGAGAGCCUGGCACAGGCUAAACGGGGUCGUGAUUUUGAAGCUCCUGAUUUUAGAACGGGGUAUCCAUUUCAGAGGCGUUUUCUAGAAUGGGGUAUAAAAAAUUGGGGAUCACGGCUUUAUCUUCUGCUUAAAAUUGUCGCUGAUUAUGAAGAAGCAUUUAUUUGAUGUAUAAGUCGAACAAAUAAAGAAAUAUCUUUUUAAUACAGGGCUAAUACAGGGCUAUUUCAAUUUACAAACUUUCUAGAACGAAGUAUAAAAAAUUGGCCCAUUUCUAGAACGGGCUAUCAGUUUUAGGGCGAAUUCUAGAACGGGGUAUAAAAAAUUGGCCCAUUUCUAGAACGGGGUAUCAGUUUUAGGGGAAUUUUUUUAGAACGGGGUGCCAAUUUGGAGUCCCGAGCGGCACAUACCCACCCAAAAAAUACCCAAGUGCCCCCCCGGUAUCUAAUACCCUGCGAGCAGAGCCGGGUUUGCCUCUUGCAUGGCUUUUAGCAUUUACGAAAUUGUUCGCGUCGCUUGCCAGUCGCGUAGUUUGUUUGUUUACGCGACUGGCGACGCGAACGACUUCGUAAACGCUGAAAGCCUGGAGUAGUCAAUCGAUAAAAAUCGGUAGCAAUCAAGUGAUUUUUAUCGAUUGAUACCGAAAAUCGGUGAAAAUCGAUAAACUAAAUUGCUGUGUCAAAUCGAUAUUAUCGACUUUUCAUGAUUUUAUCGAUUUAUAACGGAAGUCCGCCAUUGUUGUUUUUUGGCAUGAGUUAGAUAGUACAGCUGAGAAAACACAUCCACGAAUAUCAACUGCUCAACAAACAUGAAAAUGAGACAUUUGGAAACUAUCACACACGCAAGUUUCUCUCAAAAACUCUUCGUUUGGUACAUAAUAACAAAAACGGUUCGGUUUUAUAAUUACAUUCAGUUCUCGCAGGCAGGUAUCACGAGAAAUACAACCUUAGUAAAGAUUUCCUAGCCUGAAUUUCAGACAUCCCCUCGAGUCGAAGGGAUGUCUGAAAUUCAUUCAAAGAUUUCCCUGGAUAGAUUUUUACCCUUUCCGUUAUCAGUCGAUACAAAUCACUUGAUUGCUAACGAUUUUAUCGAUUUCGAUUUUUAUCUAUUGGCUACUCCGGGAUUUAACUUCACCCGGAUCUACACCGACUUUAUUUUGAAAGGGCGGCAGGUCGAAAUCGUGAAAAACUGGGCGCCUACAAACCAGAAGAAGAUUUUAAACCUGGUUUUGAAGAAAAUAUAAGAUUUUUCAGAUUUUUUUGAAAAGAAUUUAUUAAAAAGUGAUAACUGUUUGAUCCUUCGACUCUCAACUGCAACUCAAUUGUCAACAAAUUUACUGUUUGCAUGAAAUCAGUUUUCAUUUUUGAAUGAAAAGAUGAACAGUGAGCGAUAUAAAUCGAUGAAAUCGGUAAAAAUCAAGAUAAAUCGAUAAACGAAACGAGUGUGUCAUCGAUUACUACCGAUUGAUCGAUACAAUGGAUAUCAAUUAAAUCAGAUUUACCGAGCGAGAACUGAAUGUAAUUAUAAAAGCGAACCGUUUUUGUUAUUCGGUACCAAACGAAGAGUUUUUGAGAGAAAUUUGCGUGUGUGAUAGUUUCCAAAUGUCUCAUUUUCAUGUUUGUUGAGCAGUUGAUAUUCGUGGAUGUGUUUUCUCAGCUGUACUAUCUAACUCAUGCCAAAAAACAACAAUGGCGGACUUCCGUUAUAAAUCGAUAAAAUCAUGAAAAAUCGAUAAUAUCGAUUUGAUACAGAGUCUACAUUCUAGAAAGUGGGUGGGGGGGGCGUUUGGCCCGUUGGGCAUCAUUAUCAUUUAGAAAUACAGUCAUCUCCCUAUAACUCGAACAUUCCGAGUAGGAAAAUCGCAAAGAGUUCGAGUUAUCGGGAGUUAGAAGCAAAUAACCUAAAAUAAGGAAAUAAGAAUAUGGUUGGGGAAGGAAUGCAAGAUGCUAUGUACAUUUCACUUCAAGGGCAGCAAAACUUGAAUAUUGAAUAUUCAUGAUCAGGGCUGGACACUGCAUUUGAACAAGAUUGACAAAGAAGUACAGACAAAGAAAACGCGGCAGUUUUGCAAUAAAUUCAGUGUCUCAUUGUCGACUUUUUUUUCGACUUGUCACGCUUUAAAACAUAGUUCGAGUUAUCGAGGGUAAAAUUAAAUAAAAAUCAUUUGUAGGGAAACAAAAAUUACUUUGGCCGUGGGUUACCGGGAUGUUCGAGUUUUCGAGAGUUCGAGUAACCGAGUAUUGUAUGAAGGAAAUCCAGGGAAAAUUGAUUUUGGCUCGAGUUAGCGCGAGGUUUGAGUUAGCGAGAGUUCGAGUUCUCGGGACUUGACUGUAUAUUCCUAUUCUUAACGUGACUGCUCGCCACAUACACCAAAAAACCUACCUGAGUUCUCCCUACGCUAGCAAAAAAGAUUCAUGUCAAAUCUGUUGUUUUGGUUUUACUUUGUAGUACGGCUUUGGAUAUAGGGGCGCAAUUUUUCACCGAGUGAUCAAGGACUUCAUGAUACAAGGUUUGUUUUAUAAUUUGUGAGCAGUUGAUGUAUCGUCCAGAAGAAAGGAAAGUGUGAUUUUACAAGUUAACGCUUAGCUUAUUAUGGGGAUAUUCUUGUUUAGAGACAGAAGUUUGGGCAGUGAAACAGUCUCAGAAUUUGUCUCUCCAUCCUCUCUAAGCUUUGCGUUUUUGAAAUAGCAAAAAACCUUAUAUAAAAAUAUAUCAAACACGCUCUUUUAUGCUUAACGUGAAAAGCACUACGUCUACAAAACCUCUAAGAAAAGGCCCUGAUAAUACGCGAUAAUGCAGACAGCCCCGUAGCCAAAAAAAAAAUGCUUAUCGCGCAAUACAUUUAUUUCCAUACAGUCUUUGGCCUUAUGAUAAUAAUUAUCCAAAGAAUGCGGCAUUCUAUUCCCAUGGUUUCAAGAGCUAAGGACUCCUUGGGAACAGGGGUUCCAGCCGCCUGCUCUAGUAUCCCAGGAAGACGGUAAUGUAGAAGCUCAUGGUGAAAAAUCCUCUGAUACCUACACCCUUGCACACAUAUACUGCUGAUAUAAAUUGAGACUAUUUGCUUCGGUUGUUACACUUGAUUUACUCAUGUCGUGAUAUCACGUUCACCAUGUAAAAUUGCACUUUUCUUACAAGCUACAUAGCUCUCCUGGUUUACUUGGAUAACCUCACAAAAUUGAUCAAAAACCAAGAAAUGUCUACUCAGAAACCAUGUGUAACAACAAAUAUGAACGAAUCACGUGACUAACCCCAAAAAAUCUUUUCCAGAUUAAUUUUUUGCGACCCUGUUGUGUUUUGAAAUAUCGCGGUUGCCACGGUAACCCAGGUAAGCCUUCUGGGAUAACCUUUUAAAAAGUUUUAAAAAUCUUUCUUGUUUCUCGGCUUGACUUUGCUUUAACUUGCAACGAAUUCCUAGGGAUUUGCUGCAGGAUUUGGUGAUAAUAUCGCUUUUAGGUCGAUUGAGGAGUUAAUCUCUUCUCGUUUCGUUUGCUUUUUGCCAUUGCAGGUGGAGAUUUCAGUGACAACGGUGAAGGAUCUCGAUGUAAGAUGAAUUUUUCUCUCCUACUUAUCUACCUAAUAUUAUCUUGUUUCAUCACUUACUGGGCUGUUUAACCUGCUAAUUUUGUUUCUUCAACCGGCUGUAUCUGUUGUGGGGAGGACAACAAAACUUUCACGAUGAAUUGGGGUGGGGAAGGUGGAGGGGAGGGGAGGGGGGGCUUGAGACGUCAAAUUGUAACGUCUUAGGUUAACUUUAUCGUUGUAUGUAAGACCCUGAAGAAGGAAGGCCGUGUCUUCCGAAAUAUUGGUAACAAAAAAUGUAUAUUCCUAACUGUAAAAUCACCUUCGCCUCUUUUGUUCGAUAUUGUCGGAAAAUGCUCUAUUUAACCACGUGCACUAUUCAGUUCGGACUGGUAAGCAUUUCAGAACUGCAUCUAAUCAGGGACGUAGCUAGAAUUUGCCAAAGGUGAGUUCAGUCUCCCAAAUCAACUAUCCCGUCUCUCAAAUCGUUUUUACACGGGUGACUUGAUUAAAUUUCCAAUCUUUAUCAAUAUGGUGAAUUAAUAAUCAAAUCUCUCAGUCUUGGGAGCCCGUUCGUCAAGUAGCAGUUGUAAAACCAAGAGAAAACAUUUCCUUUUGAGUCUUUGAAAGUGGAAUUUCGCGGGAAAACGCACCUUUUUUUUUUAGCUAUCCCUUACUUACCGUCUCUUCUUUAAUACAGUUUUUCAUUCCUUUUUUUUUGACAUUUUUCCUUGUGUUAUGGCGUACAUGUAGCUACGCCUCUGCUAUUUGACAAAAAGUAAAUUUUUUCCACUCAACUUGACUUCAUUUUAAGUGUCUUUAUUUUUUUACUUGCGUCUAAUUCAAAAUUUGGACCUUUUUGGAAACAAUAACCGAUCCUUUUCUUUCACUUUCUUUUGCCUGUUUGUUUCUUCGUUUUCGCCUACCCAGUGUUUCUAUUAUCCAUGGUGUUUCUAGCUAUGUUUUAAGGGAAAUGAACCAGAGCUAGACGAAGACGUCUAAGUUUUUUUUGUUCGUAAGUGUAGCAGAAUUGGGUUACAACCGGGUUGGAAAUUUGUCAAGAUCUAUUCUUGGUCCUUCAUCAGUUUGUAGUCGAGACGAUCUAAAACGACGCCAUUUGGCAAGUAAAUAGUCAGCUACCAUCUUACAUUUCUUCUUCUGGGUGUUGUCAUUGUCAUCAUUAUAAGCAACGACUGUUCAGGUACGUUCUAAUACUAUAAUUAUCUCACUCCUGUGUUACAUUUUCAGCUAAAAGUAUUUAUGGAAAGUACUUUGAUGACGAAAAUUUCAUCCUGAAGCAUUAUGGGCCAGGUUGGGUGUGUAUGGCUAAUGCUGGAAAGGACACUAACGGUUCGCAGUUUUACAUCACUUUAGUCAGGACAAAAUGGUUGGAUGGAAAGCACACUUGUUUUGGCAAAGUUCUUGAAGGAAUGGUUAGUCAAAUAGGGUUUUGUGUUUUAGAUGAUAAAACAAUUGUUUUUGUGUCAUUUAGAAUUCCUUCAUUUAAAGGCACCGUUAGAAUUGCUUGGAAAAUAAAAGCGUUUUAGAAGAGUCCUCAGUAGCCUGUGAACAGGCUUCUUAAUAGGAAAAAUUUGCGGAGAUAUAAGGAGGGGAAAAGGGACCCAGAUCCUCUACCCCAUUCUCCCAGUUCCGCCCACGCCGUCUACUCGCGAUUUUAAGUCUUCUCCCACCUAAACAGAGAGCCAGUUCACUGUUAGGUUUUCGUUUUCAGUCUUAACAAUGGUCAUCGAAUUAUGCAUUUAUUUCGUACCCUGAGUACUCUCUUUUUGAAAUCCCACAUUUUUGCACUUGCUCAUUGCUCAGCAAUUGGCCAGAGUUCGACGCAACCUUCUUCGCGUUAAACAGCGCACGAAAACUUCUUUUAGCCAGGUUCACAGGUUCUUAGUGGCCAACAAAAAAAAAUCUCAAUUAUUUCGUAUAACUUUAAAUACCCAUGGGACAGAACAAGAAAUAUAUGUAAUAAUCAUCAUCGACGUUUAACUGAUACAAUCACAUGAAAGGGAAAUUAAUGAAAAUUAUUUAAUAUAUAUGAUUCUCUUGACAGAAAAUCGUAAAAGAAAUCAGUGAGUUGGAGACGGAUCAAUCUGACCGACCUAAAAAUCAAGUGAAGAUCACAGAUUCAGGAGUGGUAGAGGGCUUCAACUGGCCCUUUACAGUUCCAAAGAGUGGUGUUCUUGUUUAG